AUGGAGAGAGAGGAAGGAGAGAUAGAAUCUCCAGGAGGUCGGCCGGAAAAAAAUAAUGUGAAUGAAGACAGCAGCAAAAACAGAGAUGAACUCUCAAAGGAGAAAGCGAUAACCUUUUACGUUUCAAACCUACACCCCCAUAUAACAGAUGGUGAGUUAUGGACUGAGAGUAAGAAUUAUGGUAAUAUAGUGGACGCCUACAUUGCUAAGAAGCUGGAUAAGAGAAGAAACAAAUUCGGAUUCCUAAGGUUUACUAAGGUUAAAGAUGUCGACAAAAUGGUUAAAGCAUUAAAUCAAAUGACGUUUUUUGGAUGGAGGAUAAGAGUAAACGUGGCAAGGUUUGUAAAAGUGACGAAGAAGAACCAAGGACAGAAUAAGGUGUGGGCGGAGAAAGGAAAGGAACCGGCGAACAUAAUUUAUGACCAGCCGGAAUCGUCUAGAAACGGUUAUUUGAGACGUGGGGUCUCCUGGGCAGACGUUGCUGCCGGAAAGUCACCUAAGCAAGAGAAGGAAAGCUGCUUAGCAUUCUCAAAUGAAUCUGAGCCGCUUAAGAAAUGGAACGUCAGGUCUGUAAUUGGAGAUUUGAAAGACAUCGAGGCACUAAGAGGGGUAAAUCGAAUGAAGAAUAGAUUGGGUUUGAAGAAUUCACAGGUCCGUUACAUUGGUGGUCUGAAAUUACUAAUUAUUUUUUAUUCGAAGGAGGAGAUGGAUUGGAAACUAAAGGAACAGGAAAAGAUAUGGGAUGAAUGGUUUACCAACAUAACAAGAUGGCAUGGAGAAGAAAUACCCUUUGAGCGGAUCGCGUGGCUGAAGAUUAGAGGAGUUCCACUGCAAUUAUGGAUAGACGCAGUCUUUGAAUGCAUUGGAGAAAAAUAUGGGAGAGUCAUAAGGAAAUCUGAGACUUUUACAAAUAUAAUAUCAUGCUCCAUUCCUAUGCUACACGACCAGACAAAAGAACAUCAUUUAAAUUGA